AUGAAUGGGGAUGGAAUCCAAUGGCACAGAGUCUUCACUCAGGUGCCACCCAUUUCCUUAUGUAAUGUCAACUGCCUUCCUGGUUAUGAGAAGAAAAAGAAGGAGGGGAAGAAGUUUUGUUGUUAUGAUUGUGAUCCAUGUCCUCGUGGGAUGUUCUCAGAUGAGAAAGGGUUGGAAACCUGUGCCAGAUGUCCUCUGGAUCAAUAUCCAAAUGAAGAGCAGAAUGAGUGCAUUCCCAAGAAACCAAAUGUCCUAGGCUUUGGGGAAACUUUGGCCAUUGUUUCAACUUUCUCUGCGCUUUUAUUCUCUCUGAUCACAGCUGUGGUACUUGGCAUUUUCAUUAAGCACCAGGACACUGCCAUUGUCAAAGCCAAUAACAGAAGCCUCACCUACAUUCUCCUCAUUUCCCUCCUCUUGUGUUUCCUUUGCUCUUUGAUGUUCAUUGGAAUGCCUAAUAAGGCAACCUGCCCACUCAGACAAACGGCUUUUGGCAUGGUCUUCUCUGUGGCCCUCUCUAGCAUCUUGGCCAAGACUAUUUCAGUGGUUUUGGCAUUCAUGGCUACCAAGCCGGGGUCCAGGAUCAGGAGAUGGGUAGGCAAAAAACUGGCUUAUUCUAUUGUCCUUUCCUGCUCUGUGAUUCAAGUAGGAAUCUGUGUCUUCUGGCUGGCAACCUCUGCCCCAUUCCCAGAUGUGGACAUGCACUCAAUGAGUGAAGAAAUUAUAUUACUAUGUAAUGAAGGGUCAGUUUUCAUGUUCUAUUGUGUUUUAGGCUACAUGGGCUUCCUGGCCAUUGUCAGCUUCACUGUGGCCUUCUUAGCCAGGAAGUUGCCUGACAGCUUCAAUGAAGCCAAGUUCAUCACCUUCAGCAUGCUGGUCUUCUGCAGUGUUUGGUUCUCCUUUAUUCCCACAUACUUGAGCACCAAAGGGAAAUACAUGGUGGCUGUGGAGAUCUUCUCCAUCCUGGCUUCCAGUGCUGGCCUGUUGGGUUGCAUCUUUUCCCCUAAAUGCUACAUUAUUGUGGUGAGGCCUGAGCUAAAUAACAGAGAGCAGCUGAUACGGAGAAAGAUGUAA